AUGGCAGGGCCAGAAGAUCCGGAUGAAGAUUGGGCUGCUUUCGCAUCCCAAUCGUUGGAAGAUGGCCGAAGGGAGGAAAGCUUGCAGAUUCUUUCACAAGACACUUCUGAAGCAGAUGCAUGCAGAAGUAGUGCCUCAGAUGAGGGUGAUGAUCCUGUAGAGAUGGCCGCUCCGUUUUUGCCACCCUCGCCGGAUGAUGAAGACGUUCCAUUGAAGCCAAGCAAUGGAGAUGCAUGGUGGGUGAAGUUGCUGAAGACACACACCGCAAACAAGAAGCCAGGUGGCGUGGUUCCUUCCGGGCUGGUGACGGUGCUGAGUGCGUGCAGUGGUGGCCUCACGGACCUUGGGAUCGACUUCAAAGUGGUUUCUGUGUCAGAUCCGUGUCGGGCCUAUCGCGAGUUCUGCUGCGCAAACCACGACAGCAUUGAGCACGUUCAUUUGAAUAUGUCAGACCAGAUCCAUGGCGCAGCUUGUGAGAAGCAUUCUCAUGCAGAGAGUUGCGUGAUCCAUGAUGAGCCAAUGCUUGCGGUUUUGGGCACCCCGUGCCCUCCUUUCUCAGUCCAGAGGGCAAAGCGGUUCAAGAGUGGCACAGUGAAGCAUCACAAAUCAUACAACACAACUUUCGAAUCCGCGCUGCUGUUCCUGGAGACCUUUAACCCUGUAACGGCGGUCCUCGAGCAAGUUCCAGGGUUUGAUCAGUUCGAGACUGCUGGCGAUUCAGUGACACCGUUGGGAAGGCACCCACCCGCACUGUUUGCUGAUUACUUCUGA